AUGGUUUCUCAAGACCAAAGUAAGGACUCUGGCUCCAAAAAAAAUGGAGGUAAGGAGCUUGGAAUGGUAACUCCUCAAGACAAGCCCUUGAAGAAGAUGAAGUUUGUUUCAUCUGCUGAGACAGAACCAACCAGCACGACAACAAUUUCUGAGGAUUCAAAGUCAGGUCGAGGUAUGAGCACAAUGCCUCGUGUUGUGAAGAGAAAAUUGCAGAAAAUCAAGCCAGUUGUUGAGUACAAUAAAAGGGGGAAAGGAUGUGGCCCUGCACAUACUGAGAUGCAGUCCUACAUUGGUGUGUUGGCACCCUCCAGAGUCCCACUUGUGGACAAGAAAUGGGCUGAAAUCCCCAAGGAUAUAAAGGAGCAGAUUUGGGAAGCCGUUGACAUGGCUUUUGUGGUAGGUCAAGGGGGCAAGACCUCGGUGUUAUCUUUGCUGCCAAGAAAUGGAAGGAUUUCAAGUCUACACUAA